AAUGGCUGCUCUGUACGUUUACUUAAUCCUCAAACAUUUUCUGACUCAGUGUGGAAAUUAAAUGCAACUUUACAGGAAUAUUUUGGCUCCUUUGUUGGAGCUAAUGUGUAUGUAUAUGUAAUUAACCCAUUGAGACUGGCAGUACUUUCCCCUGACAAGUAAAUAGUCUGGCAUUAGACAGAGUAAAAUAAUAUACUAGGGAGCAUCAGUGAGGGUGCACAUUUUAAAGGAUUAAUCUUUACAUGGUUGAGGUAGUUAAGCUUUGUAAUUAGUUCUCUUACAUACUUAAUAAUCAAUCCUGGGCAAGAUUCAUGCUCAUCUAAUUAAGGUUGUAAAUUUCCUGGUCAUCAUGUUCAGCACUCACAGCAAAGCAGACUCUUGCAGACACUGCUUUUGAAAAAUGUACACCCCUUUAUUGGAUGAACCAUAAUUAAACCCACUUAUUGUUUCAUCUCUCUGCAGAUAAUUCUCCUGAAGUAAAAAUAUCCACCCAUGUUUAUAUUGUACCACUAUGUUUAUUUCCAGGUAUCUUACACCACCCAACAGCCAAGGUUUUGCACCACAUUAUGAUGAUAUUGAGGCAUUUGUACUUCAACUAGAAGGCAAGAAACACUGGAGACUCUACAGUCCUCGCACAGAUAGUGAAGUGUUACCUCGUUUUUCAAGCAGUAAGUUUGUAAUCUCGUUCUUUUGAUUUAUUAAUUUUAGCAUAAUACUUAAGUUAUUUUAAAGUGUCAUGAAAUUGUAAUUCAUUUAGCCUUGCACAAAUACUUGGAAGAGCAUCACUUUAAUCUCAGCAGCUACUUUAAUCUCAUAUUAUGUUCAUUUCCAGAUAAUUUGAGUGAUGAUGAUAUUCGAGAUCCAAUAUUAGAUGUAGUUUUGGAACCUGGAGAUUUACUUUAUUUCCCACGAGGAACAAUACAUCAGGUAUAAUGACUGGUAUGAUGACUGACCAAUAAUUGUUUACCAAAUUAAAGUAAAAACCUGUUAAAACAAUUGAAAGAGAGUGUUGCACUAAACAUGUUUGGAUCACCUGAGUGUCCAUGCAUAUUAGCACAGUUCUACAGUUACUCUUCCAUUCCUUCCUCAUAAUGUGUUUAAUGAAUAUCUGUGUUCUUCACAUUGAAAUCACAUGUUAAACAGCUGCAGGAAAUUCGUUUGAAUGAAGAUUUCCCAUUGAAAAUUUGAAGGAAACCUUAACACCUAUGUCCCACUAUGGAUACAACAACAUAUGGUUGACAGACAUUAUUUCUUGAAUUUAAAAAUUAAAACCAUGGUCAGCUAGAACACUAUAUAUGUUUAUGCACAUGCAGAUUUAGCACAAAAACACAAAAGUUGGUUGCAGGAAAUUUGUGUCUAGAUCAUGUUGUGCUCCCAGGAAGAAAAUUAUUUUUUCCUACCUUGCUCACCCAUGUGUUCAAUAUCUGCCCAGUGAUCUCUUUGUCUCAUCACAAUCGUUGAUCUUCGUGUUAUUUUAUGGUUUUAGGCAGAUACAUUGGAUGGACCUCAUUCUCUUCAUAUUACUUUGUCAACAUAUCAAAGAACAUGUUGGGGAGAUUUUAUGGAAGAGGUUAGUAUGUAAGAGUGGGUCAGGAAUGGGAAUAUUGAAGAACCAUUGGAGACCAGUCUGUAUGGUAACAUAAAAUCUGGCAAGCAGUUGGUCUUGGCAGGAAAAAGGAUGAAAGAAAAAUAGCAAGUGGUGGAGGCGGAAAAUAAAAUAAAAAAGAUAUGUUUGUUGAUCCCUUCUUGGAAUAGCCUGCGUAGCAGUCGCGUUAUUUUAUUGAAGGUUUUGAGGAUUUUUUAAUAAAUGGCGGGUUAGAAAAAAUGAGCGAAGAAAAAUGGUGAGAAAAACAUUUAUUCAAAAAUCAUCAAAACCUUCAAUAGAAUAAAGCGACUGCUACGCAGGCUAUUCUUGGAAUGACUCAAAUCGUACAACCUAUACCAAAAAUUAUAUUUGAGUUUAAUUACUGUAGUGUCACUUUAUAAUUCAUUGUUUCAUGAUGGCGAAAUUAGUAACACUUCCAGCCAGAGCUUUUGCAUUAAGGCAGAGAAGACAAAGUAUAAAACAUUAACUAUAGCCCUGCAGCGUACUGCUCUAUUUGUUCUUUUUCAGAGAAUGCAGUCUAAUAUUGUAAUGUAUAUUGUACAAAUAUCUCUUACAGUUGCUACCCAAAGCUUUACAGAUCGCCAUUGACGAGGAUGUCGAAUUCCGACGUGGACUUCCUUUACAUUAUCUUAACUCUAUGGGAUUUACAAACUCCGAAACUGUUAGUAGAGUUUACUGUAGUUGUUUAGUUUGCAAUUUUGAGAAAUGUUUUUAUUCAUUACUGUAUAUCAGGAUUUGCUGGCAGUUCCUGGUCAUUUGUUCUUGUUAUCAUUGUUUGAAUCGGGAUUUGGGGUUUUUUUCUGUCUGGUUGUGAAUUUUUUCAUGGAUUUAAUUCUGCAAUUUAUUUUUUUAGUCUAGUAAAGAACGUUCAGAGUUUCUUCGACGUGUGGAACAACUUCUCAUGAAAUUAGUCUCUUAUCUACCUGUUGAUGGCGCAGUUGAUCAG